UGAGAAAAUCAGUGAUUUUAGCUGCAGGCACACGGUCUCUGUUGGACACACGUCCUCAGCAGGAAGUGAAGUUGAAGAGUUCACGUGUGAAGAAAUCACGUCAGUGACUCAAACUCUCCUUUUUUUCCCGGAUGUCAUAAAAACCAGGUCUGAACUCGCCUGCGUAGGUGAAGUGGAAAUGUUAUCAAAGACAGUUUGGGGCGGGGCUGAGCUCCUCAAAGACACUUGCUCAGGACUUUCCCUCACAAACAUGAUGCUCCUUCAGCCCGUGUGGACGUCCCUGCUGGGACACUCGUCUGUCCUACACUCACCUGUCUUCCCAGUGCUCUUCUCCCUCGGUGUCUACCUGUCCCUGUGUCUUCCCUUCCUGCUGUUGGACCUGUUGUCCUCCAGGUGGGCUCUGGUGCGCAGGUACAAGCUGCAGCCUCUCAGCUCUUUCAGCUGGUCCUCGGCGUGGAUCUGCCUGAGCCGGACACUCUUCAACCACCUGGUCUUCAUCUUCCCCAUCACUGUAAUCAACUGGUACCUGAGGCCCGUGUACCUGCCCCAGGAAGCCCCGCCCCUGCUGCGGCUGCUGGCUCAGGUGUUUGUGUGUCUGCUGCUCUUUGACUUUCAGAGCUUCACCUGGCACCUGCUCCACCACAGGAUCUCCUGGCUCUACCGCAGCUUCCACAAGGUUCACCACACCUUCACCUCCACACACGCUCUCACUGCCGAGUACUCGGGGGUGUGGGAGACUCUGAGUCUGGGCGUGUUUGCGGCUGCUAACCCCGCCUUACUUGGCCUUCACCCUCUCACGGAGCUGGUAUUCUUCGUGGUGAACAUGUGGCUGUCAGUGGAGGAUCACUGCGGGUACGAGCUGCCGUGGGCGACUCAUCGACUGGUGCCGCUCGGUCUGUACGGCGGCGCCCGGCACCACCACCUCCACCACCUCAGGUCCAACUGCAACUACGCCCCCUACUUUACACACUGGGACAGACUCGCAGGGACACUGCACACGGGAGACUGACCAAGAGACACUGGACUCACCUGAAGUCUCACCUGAACUCUCACCUGAAGACUCACCUGAAGACUCACCUGAAGUCUCAUGUGAAGACUCACCUGAAGUCUCACCUGAAGUCUCAUGUGAAGUCUCACCUGAAGUCUCACCUGAAGACUCACCUGAAGACUCACCUGAAGUCUCACCUGAAGUCUCAUGUGAAGUCUCACGUGAAGUCUCACCUGAAGACUCACCUGAAGACUCACCUGAAGUCUCACCUGAAGUCUCAUGUGAAGUCUCACGUGAACUCUGUGCUGCUGUAAAAACACAUCAUAUAUGUAAAAAUCAUGUGUUUAUUUGUAAAACAUAAUAGUUUUUGCUCUGUGAGCAGCUUCAACGUCACUGUGAAAAAUGCUCAUGUUCAAUUUAUUUAUUUAAAUAUUUAUUGUGUUCAUUUCCUUUGGAGUCAGUUUUUCAGUCAUGUGAUCUGGAAAUAAAAAAA